AUGGUUGGAAGAUCUAAUACCUGAUCCAGUAAAAAGAAGUACACAGGACCUACUCCCUCAUCCCAAUACUCACUAGAUCACAGAGAUUUCCUUAAUACUUCUACCCUAGCUGAAGGAAAAUGUAGUGGUCAAUGUUUUCUAAGACCUCCUUGGAAGAUAGGCAUUUAGGAUACUACAGAGGUGUGUCAUUCUCUGGUUCUACCCAUUCCCAAUACCCGAGGCUCUCCAGACUCCACCCCCUCAACUUGACCCCACCCCAUCACGAGCUGUGAUAAAAACUUGAAGCUCUGGCCCAAACCCUCAGGCCUUUAUUCACAGCACCCACCUAGACUUGGGUAUCAGCUCCACCAACAAGGUCUCCCUCUACAGAAGCCGAAUCCCGGAGCUAUGUCUGAAGAGCAAAGCCCCAAGACCUCUGAAGCAGAAUGCAGUGCAAUGGACUUGCCGGAAUUCGAGGAUGAAGAAAACUGGUUUUUCAAAGUUCUGGGAUUCCAGCCUGGGCCGUCCUCUGCUCUGGAUGAUGACACCGACAUUCAGGCAGAUAAGCCACUGAGCGACGCCGAAUUUCUUCACCUGCAAGAUAUUCUUCAGGAGGACAAAGUCAGCAGUACCAAUGAUGAGGACACUUGCCAAGCUGAAUGUACUGAAGAUGAUGAAACCAGUUACAGUGGCAGCGACAUAGACAAUAAUGUGAAAGUCACCACUGGCAACAUUAAAGCAAGCCCCUCCAUGUAUACGGAGGUGCUCACUAAUCAGAACCCACAAGCUGACCAAGACCUGGAAGAAACUGAAUCAGAUGGUGCCAUGAACCCAACUGAUUAAGCAGGCAGGCAGAAACGUGUCACCAUCAGCUAUCAUUGUGCAUGAGGAUGCAUAAAUGAAGUCCUGAUGGAAAACAAACAAACAAACAUCUCUACUGAAAACAAAUCUAUACCAAACUGCUAAAAUAAAUGGAAAAUACUUAAUUUGAGCCUGGCUGUUUUGAAAAUUGGAAAUCCUUGUUCAAAAUGAAAAUCACCGCAAAACAAUCUAAAGUCAUCUACCGACUAACUAGGGUGUUUGAUGCUUGCCAAACUUCCAAUAAAUUCUGCUUGAAA